GUAACGCCGGCCACGCCGCACCCCUUGCAACCGCAGCAGCCGAGCGCCGAGACGGAGCAGCCGCUCGUGGAGCUGUUGGCGCCCGACAUGGAGCUGCUGGCGCAGGCCAUCGCGCAGGCCGUGUCGCAGCUGUUCGCCGGGGCCGUGCCUCCCAUCGCUGACAUGAUCUCUGUCGCCAUCGUCCGCUUCCUCACGAGACUUCUUAUUGGUGACUAAGUGUUCGAACUCCAAAAAAUGAAGUAAAAUACAGUACAUAAUCUACAUAAAUAUUUAUGGUGCACAUCACACAUAAAAUGUUGUUUAUGUCUGUGAGCACAUAUAUAACUUAUAAAUAGUAAAUAAAUAAAUAAAAUCACGCAAAUGUAAUUGAUUGUAACUGCAG